AUGACAAUUUCAUCUGUAACAACAGGCAUAUUAAAUCGAAGAAAGCUAUUCACAGCAAAUGAAGACUAUAAGGAAAGUGACAUAUUAUUAUUCUCGAUCGCUUCGUCGCUAAUCUGGAUAAUGAUACCGGGUUUAGCAUUUUUAUAUUCUGGGUUGGCCAGACGGAAAAGUGCGUUGUCGAUGAUAUGGAUAGUGUUGAUGAGUUCGUUCAUUGGAAUCUUCCAAUGGUACUUUUGGGGAUACUCGUUAGCCUUUUCUGACAAAUCUGCAAACAAUUUUAUUGGGGACUUGCAUUUCUUUGGCUUCAAGAAUCUAUUAGGUAGUGCUGAAGGCACGCCUGACUAUCCUGAAAUCGCCUAUGCGUUAUUUCAAAUGCAAUUUUUGUUGGUCACCUUAGCUAUUUUAGCAGGCGGGUGUAUUGGAGAAAGAGGAAGAUUUUUACCAACGGCUAUCUUUUUAUUUUGCUGGGCGACAGUGGUUUACUGUCCGGUGGUUUACUGGAUUUGGGGAGGUGGAUGGGCCUCACAGUGGCAAGGGGGUGCUUUGGAUUAUGCGGGUGGUGGCCCAGUAGAAAUACUAUCGGGUGUAUCAGCGUUUGUAUUCAGUGCAUUCUUAGGUAGAAGAAACGAGACAUUGAUGAUUAAUUAUCGUCCACACAACAUUUCCACCAUUUGUAUGGGAACAUCAUUACUUUAUGUGGGAUGGUUAUUUUUCAACGGGUUCUCUUGUGGAAAUGCAUCAAUCAAGGUUCCAUACUCGAUGUUCAAUACCCAUUUAUGUGGUGCAUUCGGGGCUAUCACAUGGUGUUUGCUUGAUUUCAGAUUGGAAAAUAAAUGGUCCAUGGUUGCGGUCUGCUCGGGUUGUAUUUCAGGAUUAGUGGCGGCCACUCCUUCAUCAGGUAUGAUCCCAUUAUGGGCCUCAGUGAUUCUUGGAAUUGUAUCUGGUAUUGUGUGUAACUUUUCCACCAAAAUCAAAUAUCUCUGCAGAGUCGACGAUUCCCUAGAUGUUUUAGCGGAGCACGGUAUCGCCGGUAUUGUGGGAUUGAUUUUCAAUGCAUUAUUUGGAAGUUCCACUGUUAUCGGCUACGAUGGAGUAACUGUGCACGCCGGUGGUUGGAUUGAUCACAAUUACAAACAAUUGUACAUUCAAAUCGUCUAUAUCUUGGCCACCGCAGCUUAUGCUGGUGGUGUCACGGCUGUGCUAUGCUUCGUAAUCAACAAAAUCCCCGGUUUGCACUUGAGAAUAGAUUACAAUGCCGAAGAAAUUGGUAUGGACGAAGACCAAAUCGGUGAAUUUGCCUAUGAUUAUGUCGAAGUAAGAAGAGAUUUCUUAGAUUGGGGCAAUCCUAACGUCAAUCCAAAUGCUCAAAUGUCUCGUCCAUCCCAGGAAGUUAUGGAGGGAAUUCCUCCGAAUCCCCAGGUUUUCCAGGCAGUUGGCAGCUCCUCAGUAUCGACUGCUCAUCAGGAUGACUCGAGCAUUCAAGAAAAACUCGAUUCUCAGAAUCAUGACUCCCAAGUCCCAGAAUCCCAAAAUUAUAAUACUGCUAGCGAUACUAAGGAAGAUGUUAUCGAAGAGUAG